AAAAUUCUUCUAACUGUUAAUGUUGACAUAUCACAGACUGUUCUUUUCAUGUUGAACAAUACAAAGCCUGUUGCUUUGUAUUAUAAAGAAUGGUUUGAGCAAUUCAUAUCAAACUGUUACAAUAUAUUAUAGAGUACAAUCAAUGUUAAAUUAUACAGAAAUAAAAACAUGUCCUGUAUUGUUGAAAAACAGCGGCACCUUCUGACAAACGGUUGGUUGGCUUGCUUACGCUUUUCACUUACACACGCAUUUAUUACUAUAUACAACAAUUUUUGAACAAUUUGGCAAAUGGUUGUACACAUAGGUAUUUGUGUACAAAGCAUGAAGCGAAAAUUUUGGCAGCCUCGUUUGUUUUUUAGUUGUUCUGUUUAUUUUUCGGGUAUUAGAAGUCCGGAAUCUACGAAGGUGACGAAAAAGUGUUGGCCCUGUAGCCUUGUACUUAGAUCCAGAACCGCGUGUAGUACCAGAACCGGAUUGUUAUUUGCCGCAUCUCGCUGAUCACCCACGCAACGGAACCCAGCAGCAGUCGCAGUUGUACGGCAACGACGGCAGCUCCUCCUGUAAUGCAGAUUCGGCUGGCACAAGCACUCCGAGAGGCGCAGCAACAUCCUUCCUUUGACCGUGGCCACUGGGGAUGGUGAAACGGGUGGACUUGUGGAUGAGUCAUAACACCACCCGAAAAUGGGACAGUGUUAAUGGAUAACGCAAAUACGAUCUGCGUAUGAACACCCAUUGGCCAGGCUAGCUGAAGCCACUCGAGUUCUAUACGGCACAUCCGACCAUGCUUCCUACCAACCGAAAAGCGAAAAGUGCUGCCUGAAAUCAGAUUGCUGGAAAUGCGACUGGGUCAUGUCAGUCGCUAUUAUUCGUAGUCAUUCGACGGUGGCGUUGGAAAGGAUAAUACAAAUUCAGGUAAUAUUUACUUCCUCUGUCCUCUUUAUUUUACUCAUAAUCCAUUAAAAUUUCCAGAUAUUCAACUUGCCUACAUAUGCAUAUAUCUAUUCGAUUCAAAUGAGGAAGACUUAACGAGUGACACCGGCGCAGAAACUCACGACGACGCCGGUACCGACUUCUGGCUCGGUUUUGCCCUGUCGACCAUUCCGAUCAUCGACCAUUACCGAACCGAACCCCCCGGGUGGACGACCGUUGACGCCCUUCUAUUAGCAUCAUCAGCAGUGAAUAACUCAGUGAAUAAAAUGUAAUUAAAAGCGCAAUAUAAGUGUUUCCUUGCCCAAAAAAUAUUACAAACGCAACAGAACCGCGGUUGCUAUUACAACUGUAUGAGAACUUUAUAUCAUAAGACUUCGGAACUAUAUUGCAAUAUAAAGUAAUUAUCACACAUACUGUUUAUUUUUAUGUCGAUUUUAUAGGUUAACUGAACAAGAACUGUUUGCUCAACAGUGAACUGAGCAAAAAAUGGACAGUAUACUGACCUUCUGGCAAACUGUAAACGAAAAAUUUUGUUCGAGAAAAUUGGCGAUUUUUUAUUGUAACAUAACUUAACCGCCUAUUCCACAUACUGUUAUUUGCACGAUAACCAUCUGUCACACUGUUGAAACUGUUUAUGGUACUGUUGAUUUAUUGUUACUUUGGGUGCUAUACUAUACUGUUGAGAUACUGUAGAAAAUAGUUGUGAACAGUAUGGUACACAGUACGAGUAUGGUUCAUGGUUAUGCGGGUUAUCUUGCCAUUUUCCUCCUUUUUAUAUCCUUCAAAAGAAGAAUAUUCAAGAUGUUGACAAGUCCAAGGCUUGUGCCGUCUCUGCUGUGCGGUCCAAUGACCACCCGUAUUUAUACUACCUUAGGUAGACAUAAUGAAUCAUACCUAGACAUUUAGGUACACUGUAAUGAAUAGUAUUUCAUGUAGGUAGAUAUCCUAUGCACACAACCAUUAGGUAGACACUACACUCCUGUUAAUGGCAUCUUAGGCUUAUUAAAUUUAUUAGAAUGCGCUUUGGGAAUUCUCCAGAGCGUUUUGGAUAACCCUUCAUAUAUAGGAUCGCCCACGUCUAAGUCUGAGUAGUCUCUGAUUGCAUUAACAGUUGAAGCUUAGGCUCCCAUGCCCCACCAGCCAGAUAACCGGGUUUUGCAAACUUAGCAUUAUUUGUGGCAACACUUUGAGCGGCAUGAUGGAACUAUGCCGAGCGCGCUAAGUGUUAUUAGACCACUAAUGUAGCUGCAUGAAGUGGGUGACGAGGUACAUAAGUAUCAUUACAGCGUGCUUAACUGUUAUUGCAAUAUUGAGGCACCAGUUUGACUAAAGUUUGAAAUACAUAACAACUCAUGAGAUAACUGUCAAGUUCGAUUCAAAUAUAAGUUAGGUUGAAAAGCGAACCCGCAGACGAACCUAUAUUAAAAGUCAUUUCAGUGUUCAGUCCAGUCCAUAUGUUAAAGAUGGCUCUACGUCAAAGAUAAAGUUUGCCAAUCGCAUUUGAUUCGAUUGUGGUCGAAGGCAAGUUCACAUGAGAGAAGAGGAGAAAACUCCCCUAAAUGCAAAUACAGCAAGAAUAGUGUUGAGUUCAUCCACUGAUUUACGGUAAUCUGACCUGCAUCUUUCCGGGUUGGCCUACAUUCGUAUUUCGCUCGUCGCACUCUACACACCUAGCCUGCCAUAUCUCUUGGACCCCCGCUUGGACCUGCAGUUCUUAGGACAUCUGGUUUACCACUGAUUUAAACAUGUUAUUGACUUUAAAUUGAUGUUUCAACUUAUUCACUUUUUUUUCUCUUUCCUUUCCUUUGCAUCAAAAAAGUCACAAACAUCAACAAAACAAAGCACGGAAAAAAAUCUUAAACUGAAUAAAUCUGGUGUUUGAUUUCAUUAGGUCGAAUCUGCAUAUAGGAAUCACAGCAAACAUACGACCUAUUCAAAUCGAACACCAGAAAUAAUUAAAAAUUCACGGAAAAUAAUGUUUCGGAAAAGUGAGUGGUUCAAACGUAAGAAAAACAGUAUAAUAUAUUGUUACAUAAAAAUCCAAUGUAAAUGUAUAGUAUAGCGAACCAUAUCAUUACAAUACACUUUAUUGUAGCUGGUACACUGUAUGGUGCAGGAAUGGUUUUCACUAUACAUUCUAUGGUUAGUUUUUAUCCGGGCUGCUAAUAUGAAAUUCUAAAUUUUGCCUCCAAAACUUAUUAACAUUUUGUGUGCGACUGAAUUCUAGAGGAGCUUAAAAACUCUAUGAAUUGCAAAAAGUUUCUACUAAAUUUGUUUGUUUUUUUUUUCUAUCUACCAAGGUUCUAUACUCUAUAGUUUUUGAAAACAUUUUGAAAAAAAUCUGUAGAGUUCUCGGAAGAAUUGGCUUCUUUAACGGUUUUGAGAUAAUCGCAUAUUCUCAAUCUGCACGCCAAACUGGACCGAAAUCCAAUUAUUCAUGAUUUUUGGUGCCCGGGAACCUGUUUAAAAAUCAAUUUGAAGUUUGUAUGGGAGCGAUUUGUUAAAUCGCCCCUCAUCGGAUUUUGUACUGGGUGCAGCUGUCAAGCAGUCAAAAGGUGAUUUCAAAAAAUCUCUUUGAAAAUGGGAGCCACACAGGGUGCAAAAUUUUCAUAGUCAUUGACUGAAAACAGCACGAAUUUGAAUGAUUCUGCACUGAAUAUUCAAAACAAACAAAUUCCUUUUCGCUCUCCCUCUUCACACAGUCAGUCAAUUCGUAGUCAUUGAAUAUGAAGCCGAUCGAGAAACAUCUUCAUAAUUACUUACGUUUAUGGCUACGAUUCGUUCCAAAAACACUCCACAGUAAUCGAAUGCGAUAAGAUCUGUGCAAAGCACCGUUAAAUGUAAUCGAAACGUUAAUAUUUUAUCAGCAAUUUAAUACUUUGUAAGAUGUUUACAAAUAUUCAUUGACUUUCAUUCAGUUGACAAACGAGUAUCGAGCAGCUGAAUAUGAAUAUGCAGGCAAGUGAAUGAAAAUUGCCGCACGGUGAACUUCAACUCGUCUGCUCGAAAAUUUUGCGCCCUGGAGCCACAUGCUUAAUAAGAGAACCAAUACUCCAAUGCACGGUGACGUCAUCAAGAAAUCGCUCUCUAUCUCUCGUUUGGCAAAUUAGAACACAACAGGACCAAAUUUGACAGGUACUGGUCCUGUUGUUUUCAUGUUUUCUGAAAGAGCGAACGAGAGAGAAUUUCGCCGUGAGGGGGUGUAUACCCUAGAGUGACUGGAAGAUAUAGUGGCGUCAUGUUCAAAUCUUGACAGGUCUUCUGUUCGUUUGGAACAGGAAUUUGUAUGGAUUAGACUGAUGAUCGCUGUUCCAAUUUUGACAUUGACGCCACACUCCCUUCCAUUAACUCUACAAUACCCUAAGCACAGAACAGAAUCUGUAUACAUAUCUUCGAACAAAUUCGAAGUUUCGAGGUGGAAGUCGUGAAAUUGCCACAUGGAGUUCGAACUAGAUUGGAAUGAAUUUCCAUGGGAAAAAAACAUCAAAGCAUGCUACACGGUCUCCCUAUGGUCCACUGCACGAAUUUAUGCUGGCCUGCUUCCUCUCACAGAAAAUUUGACGUUUGAGCGGUGCCGACACCUCUCAAACGUCUCAAAUUUCGUGUGAGAGUAAGCAGGCCAGAGUAAAUUCGUGCAGUAAUCCAUGCUCGCUGUAUGCAAAAGCUUGACUUCCACCACCAGGUUCGCUAGUAUCACAGACAAACAGACAUAUUACUCAGAAGAAAUUGGCUUCAAAAACAUCGUUUUGCAUCUCACUAACACCCUCUAUAAUGCUCAAUCCGAAGCAUUCAUUUGCAGGUGUUGUUUCCCUCGGCUCAAUGUAACAAUUUAACAGGUGACGACUCCCCCGUGGCGUCAUCCAUUCAAAAAACAUGAAUGAAAGUUCAUGAUUGUGUCAUUUUAUGUAAACACCCUAAUAAAAAUGUAUUAUACACUGACGAUUAGGUGAAUGAUUGUACCUUUCCGUGUAUGAUCAAAAUGGUAGCCCGAAAGGGUUGUUAAGCACGUUGUAUCAUAUUUUUCUAUUAGGGCAUUGAUCGGCGUCGCGUUCAUUUCUCUUCAAAAUUGAGAGGUAGGCACAGCAGCGCCACCAUGACACAUGCGAGCACAGUCCGAACCACACUUUAUUUUCAAAAUGACCGUUAAAUCGUGCGAUGAUCGCGAUUUGAGUAGUAUGUCUGUUUGUCUGUGCUAGUAUGCAGCUCGAGGGGCGAUUCACUCAUGUAUUUUCGAUGCAGCCCUGUGUAUUGACAAUCGAAUUGAUGUAUUUUUGGUGCAUUAAUGGGUAUUUUUUGUAUUUUUGCAAUUUUUUGCACUUUUUUGAAUUAAAUGGAAUUGACAUGUAUAAUUGACAUGUAUAAUUGAUGCAAUAAAGGAGUAUUUUUCGAACUAAUGUGUAUUUUUAAUCGAUUUUCAAAUUUUGCACUUAGGGCUUGACUUCAUGUUUGUAAACAAACUACAAAUUGUAAAUCGAACGCAUUUUCAAUAUCAAAACAUCGAAUAACUACAUUAUUUACAAAACUGACAAUCGUUCCUGACCCGAGAUUCGAGGAAGCAAAACCGGAAAAGUUGAUUUUGAGAUUCCUCCGGUACUUCCUUCUGAGAUUUCUCGAAGAUUUACCUCCGAACUUACUACAGAAGUACUACAUUUGUUCUCAAAUACUUCCUGGAACUCUCCCAGGAAUUUCUCUCCCCGGCAGCUUCUAUGGAAUGUGUUCGGUAGCUCCGUCCGGAUUCGUCCAACAGAUGAUUGUGUGAUGCCUACAGAAAUUUCUCCAUGUGUUCUUUAUUCCAUCCUUGGUUCCAUCCAAGAAUUCUUUCUCAGAUACCUCUAGAAGCUCAUUCUGGAACUAGUUCUGGAACUCUUCCAGAUUUUUUCUCUUGAAUUUCUUCCAAGAGUUCCCUUCUGGGAACAUGUCUGGGACUCUCCUAAAAUGCCUUAUGGAAAUACAUAGAAUGCACAAAUUUGUCUUCAUUUUUUCCGAGUUUUCUUAGAAUGAAUCACCGAAGGAAUUCAAGGAUAAAUCCCAGGAGCCAUCUCUGAAGCAACCUCGGAAACAACUCUCCGAAGAAUUCUGGGAAGGAAUUUAGGAAGCAACUCUCAGAGGAAUCGGAGAAAGAAUUCAAAACAAAAGCCGCAUGAGGGGGUUCAUAGAGAAAUGGAAUUCGUGGAGCUAAUUAGAGGAAAUUACUAAAAGAAUUACUGUGGACCAAGAUGUCGUGUUCUGAUUGAGUGCCUUGCGAAUUAUCGAAGCAAUUCCGCUGUACAUAUCUUGAGGAAUAGGUGAAUCGGAACCAAUAAGAAUUCCAUCAGCAGUCAUAGUGGAGGAAUUACUUUAAAUUGACAAGUGAAAAUUCCGGUGUGACUAUAUCAAGAAAUGUAAAUAAAAUGAAACUAAGGUAAUGAAAUCCAAAAAGGAUUCUUGGAGCAGUCUUGUAUAAAUUUCGCUUAAAAAUCCCCGAAGAUAUUCUCUCCAAAGAAAGUUCAUAAAGUUCGAAAGAAAAUCUUGGUGGAAUCUCCAAAAGCAUUUCAGACAAUAAUCGGAAGAAAUUUUUCAGAAAAUAACCUGGAUUCAACGUCCGAUGGAUUUUUGCAAUAUACGUUGGAAUUUAUUUGGAGCAAAAAUCCUCUUAUACUUGGAAACUAGUAAACUCUUCCUCCAGCAUCUCAUUCGGCAACCUUCGCAUGAGCAUCACACAUUUGUUUUUAUUUUGCUACUUUUAAUCUGCCUAAAAUUAGGUCUUAAAAUUAUCAAAUAUUACAGUCCCCUAUCGAAAUAAAAACUUCCCGGUGGAGUUUGUUGGUGGAUUGUACUCAGCAGAGCUCCGGAAGUUUGGAUCCUUCCCAGCUUCAGGAAUCGACAAGCGUCCGGUCCCGGUGUUUGUAAAUAUCAACAUCUGCUGAAUUUUCUACGUUAUUUCACAAUAUCAAUGAAUUAUUCUCGAAUUCGUGUAUUGAACAAUGAAUUCUAUCGUAUUUGUGCAUUUUAACCGUUAUGUGUCCGACAAUUUUUUUGCUUUUUUCUACACCGUGCUUUUUAAAUGGGCGCUGGGUACCCGGGUACCCUGUCGGCCACAUAAGGGUUAAUCGAAUUUGAACUUUUAUUGUAUUUUUCGUGCACUGGUGCAUUUUUGCAUUUUUAUUUUGAAUUGGUGCAUUUUUCCGAAUGUGGCGUAUUUUUACUUCAUUUUUGAAUUUAUCGUGUAUUGAUGUAUUUUUGUGCAUUUUUUUCAUUCGUGUAUUUUCGAAUCAGUAACGCAGUACAGUGAAUCGCCCCUCGAUGCAGCUAUCAAUCGAGCAGUGCUUUUCGUGAUGAAGAUUCACCCCCGUGCCCUAAGUUUUGGUGUGUUGCGAAAGCAAAAAGCUUGAGAACCUCUGCUAAUGUUUCCUUCCAUGUUCAAAGCAGAGAGAGCUUUUCAACGUGAGACAAAAGCUCUCACGCAUUCUCUCUCUCCUUAACCCCGUGUGCUGACAAAACACCGUGGCACGUGAAAAAAUAAUUAACAUGCAACGCGCUCACAUUCAAAGUAAUUUUUUUUGUACAUCGAAUGAACCGAAUGAGAUUUCCAUGCCGAAAUCGUUGCAAAAUACAGCAAAAUACCUACAUGCCAAUGCUCAAAAUGAGGCUUACACAGACUUAUUAAUACUAAUAAAAUCCAAAAAAAUUUAAAAAUCCAUAAAAAUUUAAUAAUCUGUUCGCACCUUUAGCUGAUUAAAUCUUCAAAUUUUCAAAUCUGUAAGCCUAUAGGGUACUGCAAGCACCUUAUCUAACCUCACUUUGUCUGACAGUUCAGCGAGCUUGUUUACAAGGUGUUAGAAUUUUUAACGAGCGGCGAAAAUUAAAUUUACUUUUUCCAUCCCGAAACCAUUACGGUACGGGAAUAUCAAUUAUAUUCAACUCUACUAAUAUAAAACCAAUCGUCUAAUUACCGUUUUACUGAAAUUACAUCGAAAAACACUUUUGUCGAAUCUCCGUCAGAGACUAUGUCCAUGUAAACAAGCUCGCUGAACUGUCAGUGCACGGCUUCGUGACGUCAUCUUGCAGUAUCCUAUAUUGUGUGCUAUGAUUUUUUAGCGUGAAAAUGAGCAGUGUUUAUCAACAAACGCCAUCAAACAAAAAAGUGUCGGUACGAUUGUUUCAGUCGUGUUGUUAGUGAGUUUUGUAAUUAAUAUUAAAUUUUAAAUUACUGUCAAAUUGUUACAACUGACGUUAACAUGCAAUUGAUUUCGAGUAGUAAAUUAGUGUAAGAAACGCAACUAACAAAGUGUGAUUAUAGCCGCAAAUGUAACUGGGAUCGAUGAUCGAAUGAGCCCGGAAAGUGCGUCCGAAAGAAACGCUGCACAGUGUUCCGAAAGUUUAAAAACAAGGGUAAAAUUGUGUGAACUGUUGGACCAUAUUCAUUUGAAGUACUAGAAGAAGUGUAGCUCCGAUCUAAAAACAUCAGAUAGAUUUCAUAAUCGCGUUGAUUUCAGUAAAAUGUUUACAGAGGAGUUAUUUCUUGACCCGAUAAAAAGUGUAAACUAACUGGUUAUCGUUUUCAAUAAAAAUUACAAUUUCAGUUAUUUAUUUAUUAAAGUUUUAAGAAAGUAAUGUUUUUAUUGAAAGAUUUUUCAUUUAAAUUAAAGCUAGGUAUUUAACCAUUUUUCUUUGUGAUCCAAAAUGUGUAGCAAUAUAAGCCGAUUAACUUAGGGGACUUCCAUAAAUUACGUCACGCAAAUAUUAUCAAUUUUGCCAAUAGGACAGAUCGGUGAAGUACUAGAUUUGUAGUAAUGAGCUGAAUUUUAGUAUGGUGAGAAGGUCAAUUCUCUUUUUCUGCAAUGAAAUGGUGCAAAAAGCGUGGGUAUUAUGAUUCCUUGCCUAAUUUGAUGAUGUUUGAGCACAACUUUAGGCAACAAUGUUGUUGUUUUCUCCAUUUCUUGCAACAUAAAUAACAUAGUUAUCCAAAGUUUUGCUCAAACAGCAUCAUAUUAGGUAAGGAAUCAUAAUACCCACGCUUUUUGCACCAUUUCAUUGCAGAAACGGAGAAUUGACCUUCUCACCAUACUAAAAUUCAGCUCAUUACUACAAAUCUAGUACUACACCGAACGUGCCCCAUUGCCCGUUGAAAGUUAAAACAAACCUAAUUUCUCUCUGAAGAAGUCUUCAACUCCGUCUCGAAACAUCGGGCAGUUAUUUUUUUUUAUCUGUAUUAACGAGAUUUUUAGCCCUGGGCUAGUUCAUCUCGGGACCCACGCUAUACUUGCCUUCCGAAGGAAGAACUAACAUUUUGCGAGUUUGUCGGGAGUGGGAUUCGAUCCCAGGACUUCGGCGUGAUAGUCACGUGCUUUAACCAUCACACCAGGUCCGCUCCACUUGGUCAGUUAAUAAACAUCGUUUCUUUAUUUAUAUUUAUUCAUUCACAUUUAUACAAGAGAACUAUUUAGUGAAUUCCAACGUUACGGAGAUGAAUCAAAUUUUUAGAUGUUUAUCAGACACAACAUGAAACAUAAAUGGGAAAAACUAGACAACUUCUGCUUCCAUUAGGCUACGGAAGCAAAAAUGGUCAAGUUUAAAACAAGUCUACUUUAGAUUUACAGUGAAGUGUAUUCUCAGUGAACGGUUACGCUACCUACUUUUAGUGCAGUGUGAGUAUGUAGGCCACGUUCUUGGUUAGCGGGAAUGGUAUUCAAAAAACGUAGCAGCAUUGUGUUGAAAGAGUGGUGGAAAAAAAGAAAAAUAUAUUUGGCCAAUAAUAAAGUGAAAGUGGAGAGUUUUGAGGCAGCUGCUGAAGGAGAAGAACGACAAGACUUGAGCGACAUGGAAACUCAACCGCAGUUGUCUCAAGAAGUUUCGGAUUCAACACAAACUAUGAUGGAUGGAACACAGCAAUCGAUACACGAAGGCUUAAAAGUGAAAAGCGAACCACAUGAUGAAGCCGACAUGACCAUGAGUUCCAAGACAGAAACUGUAUCUACUCCAGAUGCAAGUUUGAAUUUACAUCUGGAUUCAGCUUCUCGGGAGAAUCAACAGAUUAAAAGUGUGCCAACAAUAGAUUCGGAAGACAUGAUUGAAAUUGGAGAAGUGAAAGUUGAAACCGAAGAAAUUGACGAUGGCAAACCGUUCAAGUGCAACCUUUGUCCAAAGGCGUUCAGUCUGAAUCGUAACUUGAAGCUACACUUCAGAAACUGUCACACACCAAAAAUUCACGAUUGCGACCUGUGUGACACCAGCUUUCGCAGACUUCGUGACUUGGAAGCACAUAAGGAGAGACACGAAAGAGAAAAAGAAGCUGGUUUCUACUCAGUACAGGCCCAGCUGAAAGCAAAAGCAGCAGACCCGAAUGAUGCCACCGAUGAAAAAGACACCGACUGUGGAUCGGAACAAAAUUCCUCAAGUUCGGGAUUACAGUGUGCAAAAUGUUUUAAAUUCUGGCCCAAUCAGAAUCGUCUGUGGCUUCACUAUCAAGCAGUCCACAAGGAAAAGUUUCAGUGCUGUUUGUGUAAAGAAACGUUCUACUAUGAGGUACGAUUGGUAAAGCACAUGCUAUUGAUGCAUAAACAAAAUGAUGGGAGUUUUAAGCCUUUACAAUGUGCACAAUGUGGUAAGCAAUUUCAAUUACGAAGACAGUUAACGGCGCAUAAGCAGAAGCACAGACCGAAGAAUCAUAAAUGUGAAGUUUGCGACCAGGCAUUCACACUUAGGAGUCAACUACAAACACACAUGCAAUCGCACAGGUUCGAUGGCGUUAUAUGGGAAUGUGAGGUGUGCAAUAAAACGUUUCCGAGUCGUAAAUUGAGGAGUACUCACAUGAGAAUCCAUGCUCCAAAGGAACACAAGUGUCACAUUUGCGGCAAAGAGUGUAGAUUACGAACAAACCUUUUGGCGCAUUUGAGAACUCACGAAGGAGAAAACUUUACUCUAAUUGUAAACUCGUCAUCGUCCGGUCUUCCAGAGGGUGGAGGAAAUUCUGGACCUUCCGGUCCAGAUUGUAGCAGUCCACAUACCGCCGUGGCGCCCAAAAACGUGAAAACUGAGACAACAUCGCAUGACGAAGUCGAUUCAAAACCUGAACUGAACUUAAAACAAGAAACAGUUUAUUCAUCUACAGAUUUGCGCUCGAACGGUGAACAAACGUAUAAAAAGGAAGAUGACGAUCUCCCACAAACCACGAUUGAUGUCGGAGAGGUGAAAGUGGAACCCGGUUCCGAUGACGAAUUGGAGGACAAACCAGCUUCGAGUGAAACGGAUACGCUCGAUAUGAGUAUGAUUGGGACACCGGAGAACAGUGGAGUUUUCUCAUUCAAAUGCAACCUUUGCGGCAAGGUGAUGUCGUCUAGGAUAAAAUGGUGGCAUCACAAUAGGAAGGUUCAUGGCCCACGGAAGUUUGAGUGCCCCAUAUGCGGAAAGCCAUGUUUUGAUAAGCAUACAUUGCAGAUGCAUAUUCCAUCGCACAACGAAAUUAAAAAGCGCAAGCGUUCGAGGAAGCUCAGACUUUGGCGAGUAAUCGUGGAUGAUCUUCCUCCGAUUGAAAAGCGGUCGACUGUUUGGGUGGAUAAGGACGAGAGAGCAGCGGCUACGAUUGGUUAUUUAGUGGAAAAUAGCCAGUUGCAGCUGAUCAAAAAUGCAAGAUCAGCUCAAGAAACGUGGAUUACGUUACGCGAUUAUCAUGUUCGGCAGUCUUCCGCUGGAAAAGUUGGCCUGGUGAAACGUUUGUGUCGCAUGGAAAUGGAUGAAAAUGGAAACGUAGAAGAGCAUGUGAUCGCAAUGGAUUCGUUAUUCGACAAGCUAGCAGAGGUGGGCUGUGAUAUAUCAGAGGAAAUGAAGUGCAGUUUUAUCAUGGCGAGUUUACCUGAAUCCUAUGACAGUUUCGUAACAAUGCUGGAAGGAUGUGAUGGAAAAUUUACGGAGAAAACGGUGAAAAUGAAACUUCUGAACGAGUACUACAAACGCCAGCAGAAAGUUUCAACGCAGGAGGAGAAGGUGAUGAAAGCUGCAGUGUCGAAAGGAAGAAAAUCGUUUAGUGUGGAAUCAGCCCAUCGAGAAGAACGCCGUGUUUGUUUUGAAUGUGGCAAACCAGGCCAUAUAAGGAACAACUGCUACAUUUACUUGUCGAGAUUGGCUAAAGAACAAGGUGUCCAUCACGAAAGCGCUGCCGACAGGGACAAUGCGAAGAUUGCAGCACAAAAGGAAGAGAAUCGAUCUAUUUGUUUUUCUGCCAUGGAAGAGGUGUGCGGUGGCGGUGGCUGGAUUAUCGAUUCAGGGGCGUCACACCAUAUGACAUCAGACCGGUCGUUUUUUGAUCAACUCCAACACAAAGCGUGUAAACUUUGUUUGGCCGAUGGAAAGGAGACGAAUGUUGUUGGUGUUGGAGAAGGACAUUUUACUGGAUUCGACAAGGAUGGAAAUGUGGUUAAUGUCAAGCUGGUGGAUGUUUUAUUAUUUUUUUUCACAAUGGAGAUCGAACUCAUUAAAAUGGAACAAAUAUCAGGAGAUGAGUCGGAAACUCGAGAUUUGAAAAUUGGAUUAUCAACUCUAAUUAACCAGGAUGAGCUCGAUAUGCAAACUGUGAUCGACAUUGGUAAAGUAAAGACUGAAACUCACAAGGACGAUUAUGUAGAAUUAUCAGAUAUGCCGCCGGAUGAUCAGCAAUUGAUUGGAGUAGAAGAUAUGAUCGACAUAGGAGAAGUGAAAAUUGAAAGUCAUGCCGGAGAAGACAUGGAGUCAUUUCAAUUGUCCGAAGUAUCAUUGGACAAACCCGUGGCUCUCGAUGAUGAAUAUGUUGAAUCACAUAAGUGCAAUUCAUGUCCUAAGGCAUAUCGGACCAAACAAAAUCUGAGACAUCACAUCAAAUUGAUACACGAGCCAAAGCCGUUCGAAUGCCUAGUCUGCCAAGUGAAGUUCUUAUAUGAAACUCAGUUGAAAAAGCAUAAGCGUUCUCAGGAACAUUUAGACAAACUGCCAAAAACCCAAACUCAAGCUCCCACCAAAACGGCAGAAGUUAAGGAAAAAAAGGUCCAUUACUGUUCCAUAUGCGAACAAUCAUUCGCUACUAAUUACGCACUUCAGAUGCAUAGUGAACGGCACCAACCUGGGCAGUGUGAUGUGUGUCAAAAGACUUUUCAGGAUCGCAGAAAGCUUAGUUUGCACAUGAAACACCAUGGAGCUAAGAGGUUUAAGUGUUCCGAAGCGUAUUGUGGGAAAUCAUUUGUAUGCAAACGUUCAUUUCGAGUCCACUUACGAAUGCAUGAAACCAAACGCAAACGGGAAGCAUUAACGUUCAAUUGUGAAAUGUGUGCUUAUACGUUCGCGCAGAAAUACAAAUUAACGGCGCACAAAAAACGUGUUCACGGAAUCAAAUCGCAGGUUUCUACUAGACAAGAUUCAAACUAUUUAGAUGACCCCAAACUAUCCCAUGAAAAUCAGGACAAAGCCCUGAUGGAUGUGCAACAGCAGCCGUUGCAAGAACACGUGAAAGUGAAAACCGAACCCCUGAAUGAAGACGAUUUUACACUGACUUUUGCGGAAGAAGCAGAAUCUUUUUCAGAAAAUACCUACAGUGGAAGUCCGGUUUUGCAUCUGCAAUUAGUCUCUCAAAAUGAUUUGCUUAACAAUCAUCAGAUAGAAAGUGAACAAUCAGCAGACUUGGAAGAUACUAUUGACAUUGGAGAAGUGAAAAUUGAACCUAGUGAAGACGAUUACUUAGAGGAAGCCGUAUUACCAGGUGCAAAUACUUCAACGUUAAGCGAAGUGUCCAAAACAGAUAAUGAGAAUGCGAAUGGUUCUGAGAGAAAUUCAGUAGAAACUGGGAAUAUUGUAAAGCCUCCGGCCAGGCGUAAGCGUAAGCCUGGCAAACCAAAGCCUGAAAAAAUUGACGAUGGCAAACCGAGACCGUACAAGUGCAAUUUUUGCCAACUAUCAUUUAGGUUAAACAGUAGGCUGAAAAAGCACUUUGUAAAUAAACAUGCACCGAAGAUCUUCGAAUGUGAUAUGUGCGAUGCCAGUUUUCGCAGACCCUACGAAUUAAUAAUUCAUAAAAGAGCACAUGAAAAAGAAAAGGAAGAAGGUUUCUAUUCGGUGCAGGCACAGCUAAAUGCUAAAAUAGCUAAUUUGAACAAAGAACCCGUUGGAAUAGACACCAACAACGAUUCGGCAGUACCUUUACAAACACAACAGAAUUCCUCCGGUUCAGCUUUACAAUGCGCCAAAUGUUUUUCAUUUUGGUUCACUCAGAAACGCCUGUGGCUUCACCAUAACGCAGCUCACAGAGAAAAGAUCCAGUGCACUUUGUGCACCGAAACGUUCAAUUAUGAGAAACGGUUGGAAAAUCAUAUGCUUGCGUACCACAAACAAAAGGAUGGUAGUUUUCAACCUCUAAAAUGUUCGGAAUGCGAUAAAACUUUUGAUACAACGUUGAGGCUUAAACGCCAUAAGGACGUUCACGCACCGAAGAUACACAACUGUACGACUUGCAGUCAAUCGUUUAGGAAUCGAUUCACCUUACAACAACAUGAACGCACUCACAUCUUCGACGGCGUGGUAAUGGAAUGUGAGUUGUGCAAUAAAACGUUUGCAAGUCAUAAAUUGAAGCGUCUUCACAUGAGAGCCCAUGCCCCAAAGCAGUACAGGUGUCACCUGUGCAACAAAGAUUGUUUAUUUCGAGCGAAUUUGUUGGUACAUAUGCAAUCGCACGAAAAGGAGCACUGGACCCUGGUAGAGAAUCCAACUUUGAGCAGUCUUCGCAAGCUUGCAGGAAAUUCCGAAGCAUCCGCUUCCGAGGAUGGCAGUUCACGCUUUAAUGCGCAGAAGGAAGAACUUGAAAUAUCAACCAAUGAUGUUGGAAAUAAUGUAAAUUCAAUUGCAAAUUGUCCGUCCGAGUCUGGAAAACUUGAAGCAAUGCAUACAAGUGAACCAACUAAACAGAAGAAACGAAAAUCAUCGUCAGAUAAUUCCAAACCAGAAGAUUGUCAUUCCAAACUUGAUUCAUCAUCUGUUGAUUUAUCGUCAACUAGUAUACAACCAUAUGUCGGAAAAAGCAACAAAAGCAUUGAUCAAAACGAAAAUGGAGAUGUGAAAUCGUCUGACAUUGGGGGGAUGGAAAAUGGAACUCUUCCAAAUGAUGAAGGCGUCCGUCUCGAGGAUACGCCGAAUUUGAGAAAAACGAACGUGAAAGACCCAACAAUUGAUAGUUCAGCAAUUCAAGAAAUGAUUCUAGCAGUCAAGUGCAAUACCUGCGGUAAGGUGCUUCCGAACAGACGACAAUGGUGGCAACAUAACCGGAAGGUACACGGUCCGAAAAAUUUCAUUUGUCCUAUAUGUGGAAGGCCAUUUGUUGAUCGGCCAGCACUGCAGCGACACAUUCCAACGCAUGAUUCAAUUCAUGAGCGCAGGCAGUCAAAACCAGCGGUGGAUAAAACUAACAUUGAAAGACGAUUCCAAUGCGACAUAUGUCAAAAAAGUUACCCCGUUAAAUGCACCCUAACAAAACACAAGAAACUUGUGCAUGGACCGAAAGAGCACGCUUGUGAUAUUUGCGAAAGUGCGUUUACUAGGAGGGCGCUUUUAGAAAAGCAUAUGCGGCUUCACAAAAAUGACCAAUCGGGCUUGCAGUGUGAAAUUUGCGAUAAAACUUUCCCAACUAUCCAUAGGCGGAGUCAGCAUAUGAAAACACAUGCUGUAAAGAAACAUCAGUGUCCCUUUUGCAGUAAAACGUGUUUGAGGCGUAAUAACCUGUACCUACACAUGAAAAAACAUGAUGAGUUUCAUGACACCGCUUUGCCGUCAUCUAGUAUUACAGCAGGGGUUGAAUCCGAUGAGCAAUCAGAAACAUCCACUAAUGAGAACCCGUCGAGUAAGAAAAAAAACACAAUGGUUAACAAACAAAUGAAAGUGGAACGAAUAUCAUCAGACGAACCGGAAACACUGGAUUUGUCUAGGAGUUUUAAAAUCGAAUCAUCAAAUCCAAUUGAUCAGGAUAAGCUCGAUAUGCAAACUGUGAUGGAAAUUGGUGAAGUAAAAACUGAAACUCACAGGGAAGACUAUGCAGAAUUAUCAGAUAAGCCGCCGGAUGACCAUCAGUCGAUUGGAGCAGAAGAUAUGUUUGACAUAGGAAAAGUGAAAAUCGAAACUCAUACCCAGGAAGACAUGGAGUCAUUUCAAUUGUACGAAGUAUCAUCAGACAACCUAGCAGCUCUCGCUGGAAAGAAUGAAGAUGUUGAAUCACAUAAGUGCAAUCUAUGUCCUAAGUCAUAUCGGACCAAACAACACCUGAGGCAUCACAUCAAAUUGGUACACGAGCCAAAACCGUUCGAAUGCCUGGUCUGCCAAGUGAAAUUCCUAUAUGAAACUCAGUUGAAAAAGCAUAACCGUUCUCAGGAACAUUUAGACAAACUGCCAGAAAUUCAACCUCAACCUCCCAUCGAAAUGCCAGUUGAGGAAGAGAAGAUUGUGUCACUUUACUGUUCCAUAUGCGAAAAGUCAUUUUCUACUCGGAAUGCACUACAGGCGCAUAACGAGAGGCACCAACCUGGGCAGUGUAAUGUGUGUCAAAAGACUUUUCAGGAUCGUAGAAAACUUAAAACGCACGUGAACUAUCAUGCAGCUAAAAGGAUUGAGUGUACAGAACCAAAUUGUGGAAAAUCGUUUGUUCGCAAAAGUGCAUUUCAAGACCACUUGAGAAUGCAUGAAAGCAAGCGCGAACGGGAAGCAUUAACGUUCAAAUGUGAAGUGUGUAAACUUACGUUUUCGCAUAAAUACAAACUGACGUUGCACAAAAACCGUGUUCACCGAAUAAACUCGCAGGUUUCCGCAAGCCAAGCUUCGAAGACCCCAAAUAAUUCAGAUUAUGCUAAACUAGCUCAUGAAAAUCAGGAUAAAGCCAUGAUGGAUGUGCAACAGCAGCCGUUAGAAGAACAUGUGAAUGUGAAAUCUGAACCUCGUGAUGAAAACGAAUCAACACUGGCUUUUGGAGUAGAAGCAGAAUCUUUUUCUGAGAACACCUACAGUGGGAGUUCGCAUCUGGAAUCAGUCUCUCAAAGUGGUUUGCCUAAUAAUUAUGAGAUAAAAACUGAAUAUUCAGCAGACUUGGAAGAUACUAUUGACAUAGGCGAAGUAAAAGUUGAACCUUGUGAAGACGAGGAAUCAAACAUAGCUUCAGGUACAAACACUUCAACGUUAAGUGAAGUUUUCAAACCUGAUGAUAAGAAUACGAGCGAUUCUGAGAAAAGUUCAGAAGAAAAUGGGAAUAUUGCAACGCCUAGGGCCAGGCGUAAGCGUAAGCUUACAAAACAGAAACCCGAGGCAAUUGACGAUGGCAAACCGAGGCCGUUCAAGUGCAAUUUAUGCCCUAAAUCAUUUAGGUUGAACAGUAGGCUAAAAAAGCACUUCGCCGGUGUACAUGGACCGAAAAUCUUCGAAUGCGACUUGUGUGAUGCCAGCUUUCGUAGAUCCUUCCACUUAGCAGCUCAUAAAAGAAUACAUAAUAAAGAAAAGGAAGAAGGUUUCUACUCGGUGCAGGCUCUGCAAAACGAAAAAUUAUCAAAUUUGAACGAAGACACCAACGAUUUGGAAGAACCUUUACUAACACAGCAGAAUUCCUCCGAUUCAGCGUUACAAUGCGCGAAAUGUUUUUCAGUUUGGCCCAAUCAGAACCGUCUGUGGCUUCACUAUAAAGCGGCUCAUAAAGAAAAGGUCAAGUGCACUUUGUGCAGCGAAACGUUUAAUCAUGAGAAACGAUUAAAAAAUCAUAUGCUUGCGAAUCACAAACAAAAGGAUGGUACUUUUCAACCUCUAAAAUGUUCGCAAUGCAAUAAAACUUUUGAUACAACGACGAAGUGGCGACGCCAUAAGGAGACUCAUGCACCGAAGAUACAUGGCUGCACGACUUGCAGUCAAUCAUUCAGGAAUAAGACCCUAUUAAGAACACAUGAACGAACUCAUGUAUUCGACGGCGUUGUAAUGGAAUGUGAGUUGUGCAAUAAAACUUUCCCUAACCAUAAAUUAAAGCGUCUUCACAUGAGAGCCCAUGCGCCAAAGCAGUACAGGUGUCACCUGUGCAACAAAGAUUGUGUACUUCGAGCGAGUUUGUUGACACAUAUGAAAACGCACGAACAAGAGCACUGGUCACUGGUAGAGAUUCCAGCUUCAAGCAGUCUUCGUAAGCUUGCGGGAAAUUCAGAGGUACCCGCUCUCGAAGAUAACAGCUCACGCUUAGAUGCGCAGACGGAAUAUUCUGAAAUAUCAACCAAUGAAGUUGAAAAUAAAGUAAAUUCGGAUACAAAAUGGAAGCCCGAAGACGGAAAACUAACAAGGAAUAUAAGUGAACUAGUUAAACAGGAACACAUACAUUCAUCACCAGAUACUUCCAAAGCAGAAGACUGUCGUUCCAAGCAUGAAUAUUCAUCUGACGAUUUAUCGUCAAAUAAUGACCAGAAAUGUGUCGAAAAAGAUAUAAAAAGCAAUGACGAAAAAGGCAUAGUAGCUGUAAAAUCAACUGAGAUGAAAGCUGAACCUCUUUCAGAUGAUGAAGACCUCCGAUUGCUGGAAAACCCAAAUUUGAAACAAACAAACGUGAAAGACCCAGCAGAUGAUAGUUCAGCUGUUCAGAAAAUGGUUCUAGCACUCCAGUGCAAUAGCUGCGGUAAGGUGCUUCCAUCUAGACGGAAAUGGUGGCAACAUACCAGAAGGGUACACGGUCCGAAAAAUUUCAAUUGCCACAUAUGUGGAAAGGCAUUUGCUGAUCGGCCAGGGCUGCGAAGGCACAUUACAAUACAUGACCCAGCUCAUAAGAGCAAUCUGUCAAAACCAGUGGUGGAUAAAACUAACAUUGAAACACCAUUCAAAUGCGAGUUAUGCCAAAAAAGUUUCCAUCUGAAAAGCACCUUAGCAUCACAUAAGAUACAAGUACAUGGACCGAAAGCACACGCUUGUGAUAUUUGCGGAAGUGCAUUUACUACGAGCUCGUUCUUAAAAAGGCAUAUGCUGCUUCACAACGAGGGCGCAUCGGGUUUGGAGUGUAAUAUUUGCAAUAUAACUUUUCCAACUAUUCGAAUGCGGAGCCAACAUAUGAAAACACAUGCCCAAAAGAAAUAUCAGUGUCCCUUUUGCAGUAAAUCGUGUUCGUUACGUAAUAACCUAUACAGACACAUGAAGUCACAUGAUGAAUUUUAUGACACCGCUUCGCCGCCAUCUAGUGCUGAAUCCGAUGAGCAUUCAGAAACAUCCGCUAAGCAGAACUCUGCCGAGUAAGUAAGCUGGUGAGAAAAGGCAACGUCGUCGUUAUCGAACGGUAAGAAGUGUUAUACCCCUAUUUCAAUGCAGUACGAGUUACUAAGAUACGAAGAAAUUUUUGUGGAUUGAAUAGUAGCCCUGUUUCAUGAUUAAUAAGCUUUGACUGCAACAGUGAACUGAUAAAUCCAUGUCGAUAUAGAGUCUCAACAAAGAAACUGGAGUAGAAUAAAAUUUUGUACAGUACAUCAAUUCACGAUUGUGAUAUUAUUCGAUGAAAAUAGCAAAUAGCAAUUUGACCACAACAAUAACUGCGAAGACAAUCAAACU